GCGCGAGGAGCCGCCGGGCAGGUGGCCCGCGGCGGGCGCCCCGCGGCGCCGCGCCGAUCCGGUCCGAUCCGCACCAUGCAGACCUUCCUCAAGGGGAAGCGGGUGGGCUACUGGCUCAGCGAGAAGAAGAUCAGGAAGCUGAACUUCCAGGCCUUCGCGGAGCUGUGCCGGAAAAGAGGAGUAGAAGUAGUGCAGCUUGACCUUACCAAACCUAUUGAAGAUCAGGGCCCUUUGGAUGUAAUCAUACAUAAACUGACAGAUGUCAUCCUUGAAGCAGACCAGAAUGACAGCCAGUCACUGGAGCUGGUUCACAGGUUCCAGGAAUAUAUUGAUGCUCACCCUGAAACCAUUGUCCUGGACCCUCUUCCAGCUAUUCGGACACUUCUGGACCGAUCCAAGUCUUACGAGCUAAUUCGGCAAAUAGAGGCAUACAUGCAAGAUGAGAGGAUCUGUUCACCACCCUUUAUGGAGCUGACAAGUGCCUGCGGAGAAGAUACCUUGCAGCUAAUAGAGAAGAAUGGACUGGCAUUCCCAUUCAUUUGUAAAACCAGAGUGGCCCAUGGAACCAACUCUCACGAGAUGGCAAUCAUCUUCAACCAGGAGGGCCUGAAGGCUGUCCGUCCCCCUUGCGUCAUUCAGAGCUUCAUCAAUCACAAUGCUGUGUUGUAUAAAGUGUUCGUGGUUGGGGAAUCCUACACAGUGGUAAAAAGACCAUCUUUAAAGAACUUCUCUGCUGGCAUCUCAGACAGAGAAUCAAUAUUUUUCAACAGCCACAAUGUUUCAAAGCCAGAAUCAUCAUCUGUCUUAACAGCACUUGAUAGAAUCGAAGGAGUGUUUGAGCGGCCAAAUGACGACGUCAUCCGGGAAAUCUCCAAGGCGCUGCGGCAGGCUCUGGGAGUUUCCCUCUUUGGAAUUGAUAUCAUCAUUAACAAUCAGACUGGGCAGCAUGCGGUCAUUGAUAUAAAUGCAUUCCCAGGGUAUGAGGGUGUUUCCGAAUUUUUCACAGAUCUCCUGAACCACAUAGCUGCUGUCCUGCAGGGCCAGGCACCUGAGGUGACCCAGCUAAACCGCAGCAAGCUCCUGGCUGAGCAGACCAGCGGGAUCAUGGACGAGCGGAUAUGCUGCGCUAGCACAGGCUGUCUCAGCGUCAUGGGAAAAGACUCCUCCUGGAUUGUGGAAAGCGAGACCAACAGCUCAGUAAAACUGCAACACCAGAGACUAGGCUGCAACUCGGCAGUGUCCCCCAGCUUCCAGCAGCACUGUGUCGCUACAUUGGCAACGAAAGCUUCCUCUCAAUAACUUGCCAAUGCCAUGGACUAAGGAAAAGCCACAGGGAUACAAAUUGUGGUCCCAGAACCAGAUCAGGCUGUAACAAUACAUUUGUGAAAAAUGAAAAAGAAAACACAAAAAAGCAAAACAAAAAAAACCCCUUCCGUUUGAUUUAACAUGAUUUGCUGAUGAAAUGGACAGAAAGAGGGAGGGUGAGAAAGUGAUCCAGAUCUAUUUCAUCAGAUUUCAGCUGCAAAUCUGUAGUGAGUUUACACACACAUGGGUUUUAACACUAGUCCUUUCAUUGUGGGAGGGUUGCUCUUUCAUUUCUGUUGUUCUUUGUAAUCACUGGUGACCAGCAUUUUAAUAUCGGACCUCAUGAUAUCAAGAAGUUAAUAAUGUUGAAAUGGAGUGUAUGAAUGUAACAGUGCUAGAGAUUUUUGCCUAAAAUAUCCCGUUUCCUCUUUCCAGAUAGGCCCUUGCAAAAGAAAGCUAAGACAACUUCAGUAUCACCAAACCAAAUCUGUUGAGACAUCUACCAGUCGCAGUGUCCACAGGUAGCUUGCUGUGAGUGGGGCAGAGCUGACUGACUGUUCAGGGUGCAGAACUGUGGCAAUGGCCAUGGUUCCUGCUUUGCAGUUUUUCCCCUGGCCUUAUUGCCUCAGUCGAAAGCCGCAUCUAAUACACUUGCCAAUAGUGAAACAUGUCUGAUCCAGACAGGCUGAUCUGAAAAAAAGGGUGCAGAUAACCAGGAUGAAUGAUUUGGUAGAUGAAAUAUCAUCCUUUCAAUCCUCUGCUAGCGGUGAAAUCCACGAAGAGUUAGUGGUUUCAGCUCUUCUCUUAGCAGAGCACGGAAGUCUCCCUCCGUUGCCCUUGCGAAGGGUCUGGGACAGCUCUGCGAGGGGGCUGGCCAACAGAGCCACGUAUUUUCCUUAGAGCAGUACAUCUGGUCUGCAGAUCCUAAGGAGUAACACAGUUGCUGCUUUUCACAGAUCCAUGACUCUGUACAUUUUUUUUCUUCUGGAGACUAAGUAUAGGCAGAAUUGCCUGUAGUGAGGCUUUGUGUGAGGUAGCAAUACAUGACAGCGCUAGCUUAGAGACCUCGUUAUUGUGUUGCAAGCUGUCAGACGAAGCCGUGUGGUGAUUUACAACAGUGCUCUGUAUCAUUUGUAAACUAUAGCACAACCAAAUUAUAUAUUGCUCUUGAGAUAUACAGUAAUCCUACAGUGUUCACCCUCUAUUGUAUCUUCUAGCAUGGCAGCAUCUUCUGCUGCUGAGAAUUCCUGCAACUUUUGCCAAUUCUGAACACUAAACUGGAAGUAACUGAGUCUGUCAGUGCUGGCAACAUAGACACUAUUUUGGUAGAGUUAGUGGCCUUUCCUUCUUCAUAUAAGCCCUAAAAUAUACUUAAGGAGGUGGUGUUAAGAAAAUUCCCUUAGUUAAGCUCUUAGCUUACAGAUAAGGGAAUUUCCAUCUUCCUAUACCAGGCAUUUAUAAAGCAUUCGUCACUGCGGCAUUUAAUACCAGUUUUGUUGAUGUCGUGCAUUAGAUACCUACUCGAAAGGAAAGGACCAAGAGAAUAGAGCCCAGGUAGACCAAGGAGAAAAUAGUAAACCAAAAUGUGGAAAUGUAAACCAAAAUGUCACCAUCCUGCCUGAUACCAGUCCUGUAGGGGAAGACGUUUCUGAGAGUGUUCUGUAGUAAUUACUUUGUGUAAAUGAUGAUUUUCCUGUACGAGGCAUUGGAUUGGUUUUCCCAAAGUGCCGUUCUAGGGAAUUCUCUAUAGCUGGGAUUGGAUUUUUGAGGAUGAUGUAUACAACAGAAGGUUAUUCCAUCUCUAGAAGGGUAUUAACUUUAAGUUUAGAUAUUUCUAUAAGGACUGGAAGGGCCUCGCCAGUCUGGUAUCUGUUGAAUUCCAGGGUGCACAUAAAUACAGCCAAAUUCCUAGACUGUGCACAGAUGAGUUGGGCACUCUUCAUAACCCUUGUAUGCUUCGAGGCUGCUGAAUCCCACGUAGACUGCAGCUUGCAGGUCUUGGGGGGUAGUGGUGUGAGUGAGUCAGAUGUAAAUAGUUAAGGGUUUAAAAAAGUAGUCAUGAUAGACCAAACCUUUCGUAAAGCCAUGACUGAAAUAAAAUUCAACAUCUACAGUUUUGGGUUUGUUUUUGUUUGUUUAAAAAGAAGUCUUUUUUUAUGUUACAUGUGUAACAGAAGAUACCCUCAGGAAGGAGCUUGCCAGUGCAUAUUUUUGUAUGGUACUUUCUUGUAACCAGCUGGUGGAGUGUUUGUAGAUUUGCCUUUUGCUCCCUUUAUUACAGUGGCUUUUUUUUUUUUUUUUUUUUUUUUUUUUAAUUGGGUGGUGGGGAAGAAGCAAUGAUGUUAAAACUGGGUUAGUAACUCAAGACCUUUCAAACUAAGUAUGUUUACAUGAAUCCGAGUGUUGGAUCCAAUUGAAAUGUCUGUAUGCUGUUUCCUAGUUAGAACAUCAAAUAAGAUUUUUAUUUUCCUGGCUGCCUUCUGAAUUUUGGUUGGCCUAUUUUGCACUGCUUUAUUUCUCCAAAAUAAACUACUGAAAUAUAAUUGUGCAUUUUACACUUGUUUACAAAUGAUUGUUAAAAGUUUAUUUUGUAAUUCUCUGAAGGCUUACAGAAAUACUAUAUUUAAAUAUUACUCCAGACCUUGGCAGUAACUAGAAAACAAGUUUAGGUUGUUGGUGUGAUCAGUGACAUGUUUUUCCCAUAGUCUGUAAUUUAUUUUUAUUUAUCAAAUAUAUUGGUAUCACUUUAAUUUACCAGGUGCAGAUAUGCAGAUACCUGUUGUGAUGUGGCAUUACAAGAGAUUUUUCACAUAAAUUACCAUGCAAUUGCUGUAGUACUAUAUUUCCUUGCAAAAAUUGUUGUUAUGGCUUAUAUAGUAGAAUAUUGCUAAAUCACAUGGAAAAAAUUGGGAGACCACUUUUUAAAGCCAAAACUUUAAAUUAUCAAGUAUCCAGACAUACAAGUGUUUAACUGUAAAACAUUCAAGCGUGCACAUAUUACUAAGCAUGUGCUAAAGUGCUUUUCUGAAUUGCUGCCUCAUUUGAUAAGUUCAGGAUAGUUUUAAUUUAAGAUAUGCUUCACAGUAAACUGGCUAAUGUUUUGUAGCAUUUUUUUUUUUGUGAGAAUAAUAAAAUCUAGUAAUGUUAGACAUUCACAGAAUGCUCUUGCUCUUAAAAUUUUGCAGACAAUCUGGAUGAGAUUUUCCAUGUUGGCUAUUUGAAUUCUGUGAUUAUGGGGUAGAAAAGGCUCUGCUGUGACUUCAGAGGCAAAGCUACUAUUGCUGUGUGGAUUGGAGCAAUUAUUUUAAAAUUAUAUGGUCACCAAUUAGCUUAGGGAUCAGAUUCUGUUCUAUGUCACUGUUACAAAUCCACAGGAACACCAUCAGCUUGACUGGAAUUUCUCCAGCUUUUGUAUUAGCAUGAUGGAGAAGAUUUGACUGUGAUUGCCACUCAGGUUAUGUAAUUGGCCUCAGUAGAUGAAGAUUUUUUCUCGGUUGAAGAGAACUUACAUGGUAUUAUUGCCUGUAAUGCAGACCCACCCCCGUCAGCUGCCCUCUCUAGCUGACUGUGCCAUGUUAUGCUUUGGUUUGUGACGGCUGUCCCGGAACAGUCGGAUCAUUAUGCAGAAACGAACUGCAAAAGCGCAGCCUGGCUGUGAUAAUCGGUGGUGACAUUUGUGGGUUUUGCAGCAGGACAUCCAUUCGGCCAGUGCUGUUCUGCCUUGGGUUAACCGCGGGGCCGGGCAUUCGGACCUCUGUGCUGCAGGCGCCGACCGAGCGGCCUGCCUGGUAGCUGCGAUGCACCGGUUUUCUGAUUUUUUAUUCAGGCUGCUGGAACCUGAACGAUAAAAUCGCCUGAAGAUCCCCAUUCAAAAUGCAUGAAUGUUUGUAAAGAAGAGAUCUGCAGCAGGUUGCUCAGCUGGAAAUCCACCAGUUUAAUUUGUUUUCAUGGUAGAUGAAUACAAAUUAAGAUCCCAACCCUGAGGCUUCUAGAGGAGUUGAAGGUAGUGAGGAUUGCUCAAGAUAAGGCCCAAAUUCUCCAGGUAAUUACAGGCUGUAUUCAGCCAGAGAGCGAUCAGCUGGAGUAGUGCGUAGCUAAAAGUGGCAGGAUACAGUCGAAAGGCAACAGAAUAAAUGUGGCCAGAGGGGUUUAAAUUGACUGGGAAAAAAGAGCAAAACAAAGGAAAAAUACUUCUGUGAUUUCCAUUCCCCCCAAAAUCUUUCUGGGCUUUGCCAAUUCUUAAAUUAACAAAGGUUUCCCAAAGUCUUUGCGUGGCAGCAGUGAGUCAGGCUCUUGCACAGUAGUUUGCAGCCUUGCCUUCCGCAGCUGUGCAGAAAAUUUCGGGUUUGGGGGUUUUGGGGGUCAUGAAUAGACUCUAUUUUGAGUUUGUAGCAGUCACCCCAUGUGCAUACUUGCAGGAAUUCAGUUGCAUUGCCUUGCAGAUUUUCUUUUCUUCUCUCCUUCUUCGUAACAGAUGUAUUGAUUUUUGUACUCAGUAUACAAUGACUUCAUGGUGUUGCAACUAUGUGUUUUGUAAUUAGGAGUAUGUGAAAAUGCUUUGUGUAGAUUAAAAUAUUUCCUUUAAUAUAA